UGCGAAGGGCUUGGCGGCCGGCAGAGACGCGGGAGGCCAGCGAUGGCCGCGGAGGGGGAGCGCCGGGGUCCGGCUGCCGGAGGCCGAAGGAAGGCGGUAGCGGGGGAGCGGCGCCCCUUGUCGAGCGCACGCCAUGUCUGCCACACCUGUCCGCCCCGCCGCCGCCGCCGCUGCCCAGCAAGAAGUGCUCAACAGUCACGUGUUGCCAGUGACUACUGCAUUGGACCGUGCAGUGCCAGACGGGGAGGCAGAAGAGAAAUCAGUGGAUUCUACGUCAAGUGGCGAAAAGGCAGGUGGUGCCAGCACCUUGGGAGCCUAUUGAAAGCAGAGCACCUCACACACGGUCUCGGCAGCUGCCCAGUAACGAGAACGCUGUGGCAGGAGAGCUUUGGGGACACCCUAGCAGGCACCGGCGCCCCGGGCCCAGCGCACCUCGGUGUGUUUGAGGACUGCUGCCUGGCGUACCACCGCCGCAUCCGGGGCGCUGUGCUCCGGCACGCCUGGGGCUACCAGCGCCAGGAGGUGACCGGGAGCUGCAAUCUGCCUGCUGUCAUAUUCCACUUCCGCCAGAAAAACAAGAUGGUGUGCGGCGACCCAAAGAACAAAGAGGUGCAGAGGGCCAUGAGGUUUCUGGAUACACGCAAGAAGACCCCCACAAAGCUUCGCCACACCUGGAUGACCUUCCGAGGCUUUCAUGCUGGGAAGAAUUUGAGUCCUGGAACCUCCGAGCUACCAUCGUCCAAGUUGAGUGACCCCACUAGACACGGGAAGAGGAACACCUCCUCCUUCCAGCAGCAGCAAAUCUAGCCACCAAUUCCACUGUGGCCUCUCCAAUUCCGCCUGCAGGUCCCUAAGCCCACACAUCUCCGGGAUCCACAGCGCAAGAGAGACUGGAUCUUUCUCUGCCACAACCGUCACCCUGCAGCCGGGGCUACCACCUGCCCUUCUGUCCUUUGGCCCAGCUCCUAAUCCCUGUGCCUGCUGCCCCUGUUCACCACCCUCACCACCUCCUGCCCAUGGGCAGCUGGCAGGAGGAAGCUGGCUUCAUUUUAAGCCACUAGCUGUUGCAGAGACCAGAGUCAGCCUUGGGCAGUGACUGUGGCAGAGACGUGUCCUGGGGUUACACCUCCUGCCUGGAGCUUCUUGCCACCCACCCUGAGCCAUGCAUGCCUGUGCAUCCUUCUGGGUCCUUAUAAAGCCCCGGGUGGGUCCAAGCAUGCCCCUGCAAGACUGUUGCUUUUCUAUGACUUUAUAAACCUUUAUAACAAUA